UUGUGUUCUUAUACACAACGCAUAUUCGUGUUUUACACAAAUAAUUUUAAAAUUUUAUUUGAUAUUACUGAUAAUAAAUUAUUGAAGUAACACAUUAAUAAAAAUAAAAAGUUAAGAACAACGAAGAGUGAGUUGUGGGGACGCUUGGACUUUUAGGUUAUGUUUCCAUCUUUAUGGUCAAUUGAAAUAGGAUUCAGAUAAACGGACAAUCGUUGGUGUUUUUCUCUAAGAAAGUAUAUUUUAAAGUGAUGCCUGAAUGAAUUUCUCACGGUUUUUGGAUAUUCAGUCAUGGUGGGAAGUGCCCAGCAUCGCUUACUUUUGUUCCCUGUUCAGAACUGCGUUCAAUCUCUUGGAUUUUGACAUUGAAGAAUUAGAGGAAGCACUUUUAACAGAUGGCACAGAGGAAUCAGGCAAUUCCCUCUUGACGGAAUUAAUCGUUAGACUGUUGAAUGGCUGCCUGGGCAACAAUGAUAUCUCAGCAUUCAACUAUCAGAUGUAUUUGAGGCGGCUAUUUCGACAAAAAUGUCAAGAAACAGGCCGAUACAACCCCUUCAAUACUGACAUUGACUUCCAAUUCCUCCCUCUCCGGACUAAAGUUGAAAUUUUGUAUGCACUAUGUGAUUUUCGACUUGAUGCUGAUGAUGUUUUUGAUUUAUUCAAGAACCUUGAAGCUGAAAGCUUGAGAGUGGAACCUUUAGGGUGGGAUGACAACGACUCAGCAUAUUGGUAUUUUUAUGGCACCAGAUUGUAUAGAGAGGAUAUAAUUAAGAAGCCCAAAGCUAAGAAUAAAAAGAGGAAAAAGGAGAGUCGGAAACGGGGCUGGUUCUACGGCGAUGACUGGUUGGAUGACGAUGAGACGGAGCGAGUGUGGCAGGUGGUUUGCUUUACGGAAGAGGAUUGGACACACCUGACAGACAAGUUUCGUAAAGCAUCAAGUAAAGUGGAAAAGGAAUUGUAUCGGUCAUUAUCGCAGAACUUUCUACCGGAAAUACCGAGACUGUUUCAGGAAAAGGAAAGAUUACAAAGAAAAAGGUUGUUAGAGCUAGCACCACGGCGAACAUCAAGUAGAGUGUUACAGAAAAUUAAACAGAAGGAAGAAGAAGAAGUCAAAAGCAGCGUUUAUGAUUCUAAGGACGAAGACAGCAAAGAAACUUCCUCAGCUGCAAGAGAGAAAAGAGCGAGACGACGCGAUUUACUGCGAACUAAAUCAUCAUCUUCAGAUUCGGAAAGUUCUAACAGCGAGCAGGACGAGAUGCCGCAGAAAGCAGCUAAACCGACGAAAUCCACCGAGAAGCGGUCAAAAAACUCCUCAAGCACGCACAAAGGGGAACCACCGCCAGAACCAGUCGUACGGACAGGAAGAAAAACUAAUAACUCCCUAGCAGCUGCCACGGGACAAAUAGUGAUACCGGACACGGUAGAGCCCACUAACAGCACAAGAAAAAAGCUUAAAACAUCACAAAUUUUCAGCCAAACUGAAGAGGAUAUACAAACGGACAUGUAUAAAGUGCUCGAACAGCUUACUGCUCAUGAGGAUGCUUGGCCUUUCAUGGACCCAGUGGAGGAAGAAUAUGCUCCUAACUACUAUGCUGUUAUACGACGACCUAUGGACUUACGAAAAAUGGAGGAGCGACUAGACAAUGGAUAUUACUCAGACUUCUCAAUGUUCAAAGCAGAUUUCAAGCUUAUUGUAAAUAAUUGCCGACUAUACAAUGGACAGGAUAAUGAAUACACUACGAUGGUUGACAAUCUUCAGGCAGCAUUUGACCGACUUACUGAAAAAUACAUACACCGAGUAUCUUCAUCGGAUGAGGAAAUAGCAGUUGAAUAUCAAAUCCCUACACCGUCACGAAAACAUAAGCUAAAAUUAAGCGAAUCUCCAGUACGACAUAAACGCAAGAAAACUAAAUCUCAUUCUGAUCACAAUGAGCCAAAAUCGAGUUCUUCGAUGCAAGAAAAUAAUCAAGAAAACGAUGAUGAAGAAGAUGACAAUGAAGGAGACGCUAAAAAGAGAAAAGAAUCUCACAAAAAACACGACAAAAUCAAGAAGAAAAGAAGAGGUCAUCAUCGUCAUGGAAAACAUUCGAAAAAUCAUAAGAAGAAUUCUCAUAAGUCCAACCAUGAGAGAAAACACAGUAAGAGGCAGAAACAUGGUAAGGACAAAGACAGGGAGGGUAAGAAGUCAAAACAAAAGAAAAGGAAAAGUAAACAUCAUGAUAAUGAUCUUCCAGAUGAACUCAAACGAAGCGCCUCACAGGAGUCAUUGGAAAGUUCUAAUAGGAGUAGGAGUGCCAGCCCAUUGCCUUCCAUCCACACUCCAUCACCGUCACCAACAGAACUAGAUAAAUCUGAACAAAAUGAGCAGCUCUCAGAUCCAGAUUUUCUUAAAGACAAGUUUGACAAGAUAAAAGAAAGAAGACGCCAUACAACAAAAGAAGCCUGGGACUCGUUGUUUGAUUUUAAACAGAAAAUUGACAGUCAUAAACAAAAUAUAAAUGUACCAGAUAAAGACAAAAAUAAAAAGCUUCGAGAAACCAUAGAAAAACUAAAAGCUAAAAAUAUAAAGUAUAAAGAUUCAGCAAUUUACAACAACCCUUUUACUGGUGGAUCUGCAGAAAAACCUGUCAAAUCUGCUAAAGAAUCUGACAAAGAAGACGAAGAUUUUUCGGACAAUGAUACUACUGAAACCGAAAGUAUAAAAACAAAACCUGGAACCAGAAGAUCGAAGAGAAGUUGCGCCAAAAGUGUUUCUGCUUCAAAAGCUCUCGAACAAGCCGUAAAAGACAUAAGCAAGUGGUUAGAUGAUGCUCCAAAGGGUUCGGCUCUUAGUUCACCUUGUGACAGUCCUGCACAAACAAUUUCUACUGAAGAACAUGACAACAGUCGUUUAGACGAUGAAUUCUCGCAAAAUGAGAAGCCAAUGCAUAUGCGGCGGGAUGGACGCAAAAGGCCAUCAUCGAGAGAACCUAAAAUAAUUAAAAGGAGAGAAAUACAAAGAACAAUCGAUAGAUUGCAGCCGGGUAAAAGUAAAGGUAAUUUGUUGACAAAUAUCAGUAACAAAGGCAAUGAGAAAUUUGAAGAGGUAGCAUCAUCCCCGAGCACAUCGACGAAAACUCGCGAUUCAUUCAAGGAAGAGUCCAGUCCUAAACUCAGUUUAGGUUCUGUUUUACCAACCGUAGAAUUCACUCUCGGGAACGACCACAAUUUUGGAAACGAAGAUGCUAAGAGUGAGGCAGAAAAUGAAGACACUAAGACUACGGAAAUAGAUAAAGAGAGUAAGGACGUCGAAGAGAAACCUACAGAGAAAAAGGAAGUAGAAGUGCAAGCAGCAGCACCUGCUAAGAAAGAUGCUGAAGUAGAAACUGAACCGCAAAUAAUUAUGAAACCGAGUCAAGAAAAAGCGACACCUAACUUAAGUGCAUGGUUUAAAGCUUUUGGCGCUCCUAAGACGACCACUACAACCACAACAGCUAAAAAGAAAACUGAAAAAGAGAGAGAGCCAGAGGAGAAACCCGCUGAGAACACCAAUAUUGAUGCAGUUGCAAAAAUAGCAAGUCCUAAAAAUACUGCAGCAAAAUAUGAUUCGCCUAAUGAUCCCAAUUCGCCUCUACCAGAUAGCGACGACAGUCCUCAUUUAAGUGUAGCCGUUACACCGAGACAACGUAGAACUAGCACAGGCAGCUCAAUAUCAGAAAGAUCGUCGUUCAGUCAAGAUUUAGAUUCGCCGAGACACCAGAUGUCACAUAACUCACCGCUUCUUCGUUCUCCAGCCUCACCUAGAACAGACGAUUUCCAGAAAAUAACAUAUCCCAUAAUUAACGGAACAGUGCGAGCAGGGUUUUACCAGGACACGACAUCGUUGAAAAGUAGUCCAGAUAAGAGCUGCAGUCCGCGUGAAGCGCCACAAUCGCCGUAUUCCCCGUAUUCCCAACACGUAUACGCAACGAACAGUGCAACAGGGUCAGCGACUCCCAACUAUUUUGUAGACCACAACAAAAGUCCCUUGCCCACCUACGGCCAAAAUGCGCCCCCGUACUAUGAUACGUCCAAAGCACCAGUGGCUAAUAAAUUGGUACGCGUACACGAUGACUAUACGUCAUUGGGACCUAACUCAAAUCCAAGUCUCUCGAGUCCAAUCUCAAGUCCAAACCACGGACCAUACUCACCCAUACCCUCACCUUAUCCAAAUAGUCAAACCAACUAUUCACAACCUCAGAUAUCACCUCGGCCGAAUACUCCGUCCGUCCAACAACCUAAUACUACUCAGAUAUCACCAGAGCCAAAAACGUCGUUAUUCCCAGUUAAAAAGAGAACUUAUGAACCGGAGCAACCAGAUUCAUCUAAAAAUCUACACGAUAAAGAUGAUUUGGCUACCGGAAAGGUCAGGAACGAAUAUCCCAAAACGACCCAGGCAUUGCAUUCAUCACAAACAAUGUCUUCUACAUCUGUUGAUGAUAUCGCUCUAGCUCUAAGUGAAAAAUCGGAAUUGGGUAAAUUGAACAAUACAAGGGAGAAGGCAUCUAAUGAUUUUAAUGAGCGUCAACACCGUGACAGAGAGCUCUACAAUAACAGCGAGCCAGUGAUCAAUGACAAAAGGGAUUCUCAUACAACAAAAUCCGCUGUCAAAAAAAACAAUAUUGAUAUGAUUAAUAUGGGUUACAUGGAGGAGAGCAGACGGCAUAAUAUAGAGCGCACAGAAGUUGACUAUUCUAAUAGGGAACACAAGACCAAUGCAAAUCCUCAACAGAAGGGAUACGAAAUUGAAGCUAUCGCUAUAAAUCUCGGCAUUCAUAACCAACAAAUGUCGAUGUCGAAGCCACUCAACAAGCCAGCUGUUUGCUUAAACAAUACUACACCAGCUCAUUCACAUGAACGAGCACCCGUGGAUGUCACUAUAAACCACAACAUCGCUCACGCACACCAAAAUCAAUAUGAAAGUCUCGCCAGCCAACAAAUCAGUACUUUUUCGCUAAACGACAUCGAAUUGGCGAAUAAGAAAUUAUAUUCGUGCAACACCACAUCUUCGCCAGCUAUAGACUAUGGCAACUGGAAAAUGACGAAUCAAACACGUAAACCAGAAACACUACCUUCGGACUAUUCGUCGGCAUAUAGUGGCAUCAAUGACGAAAAAUUAAGAUCCGAUUCCAUAACGAAUCAAGCUGCGCUCAACUACAAUAAGAGCAUUCAACAGCAGUACAGCAAUUAUAAUAGCAUUCCGAGAACGAAUACUUCGAGAACACAAGAUCCUCAACACAAUCUCUCUGCCGAGCUAAGGAUACCCAAUCCUCGGAGCCUUCUGAAAAAUGAUGUAUCAACUAUGAGCGAAGCUGAAACCAUCGCCAAAAAUAUGGAAAGCUUGUCCAAGUCACAAAAAUCUGAUAAAUUAGUGCAAAAUCACCCGCUAGUGUCGUCAUCUCUACCGUACAAGACGCCGUAUACUUCACAUUCAUCGAUACCUAUCGAAUCUUUGAGGAACUUGUCGGGCAUACCACAAAUGCUAGAAAGGUUUACAAACGACGAAAGAUACUUGUCGAGCUUCGCAGCCGGAUCUUCGUCGUUGUAUCACGAUAAAACAUUUUCAAUGGCUCAAAUGUUUAACAAGGGUAUAGCGGCGACCGACGCCCACGCCACGAGCACUUCGGCCGGCACAUACUCUCAGGCACCGAUCGCCACGAGUAAAGAUAACAACGCUUACAAAUCUCCUUCAACUGCUUCUAACGCGCCACUGGACCAAAAGAAGAACAGGCGAAAGAAACCAUCAGAAACAAAACAGGCCCAAGUUAUCGGUACCCAGUAUCUCAACACCGUCAGUAAUAACGAUGUUUUAACCUCAGUAAAGGCGAACAUGAUGCAGUCCAGUCCGUUCAAUUUCGGUACCACGAGCAACAUGGCGUUGAGCGGCAUGUAUGGGGACAACGGAGGGUUUACUAUUGACGACUUCAGGAACAGCACCAAUCAACUCAUGGCAGCGAACUAUAUGGCGGCUGCUGUGGCACAUCAGAGGAACAGUGAAGCUAACGCGGAGAAACUUGCGAAGCCUGCGCACCAGAACAGCAACCACGCAGCGGCGGGUACAUUUCCUUUCCUUGGCCAUUCGCAAGUUCGCGCGGGUUAUCCGUUUGUGGGCACAGAAACAUCUUCGCCACUGUAUCAGCAAUAUCUGCGCUACCAGGAGGAGCUGCAGCGUCAAACUGGCGCGCAAAUAAUGAGUCUUUAUCCCCAGGCGUACGCCCCGGCCUCGCUCGGCGUCAGGCAACCAUACGACGCUUUGAACAGACACUCAUGGCUUUAAUAUAGGAUUUUUCCUCCCAACGAUGAGAGGACGUUUUAUAAAUGUGACUGUAUCGAUUGUUAUAGAAAUUAUAAUUUAUAUUGAAUCCAAUUUUUGAAGAUUUGUGAAAAUAUAUAAAAAAUGACAGACAAAAGUUUAAAGUAUAUUAUCAUCAUCCACUAGUUUCGUCCUUAAGUAUUGAUUAAUUUACCUGUGAUCGCCAUACAUGAGUCCCUUUAAUUCUGUGCUGUUUAACUUUGUGAUUAAAAAUAAAGAAACAAUAUAAACUAUUAUAAUGAAUAUUAAUUAUUAAGGUAGUGUACUGGUUCUGAUUUUAAUUAUGCAUAGAGUGAAAACAUGUCGAUCAAACUUAAAUAUGUUGUACUGUAUUUAAAUGUCUGCAAAUAGAAUAAAUGGAUAUGUGUUUCUGUGUAUAUUUUAACAGCUGAUAAUCUAAUUAGCAUAAUAUACAUUAACGAAUUUCGCCUUGUACUCAUCCACUAAAGCGAAACGCGAAAUAUUUCUACUUAUGUUUAUGUAAGAUAAAAGUUGACUGUAAGAAUUUUUGUUAAGGCUUUUAGUGUUACAAAAUUUAUUAUAAAUGCUUACGAAGGCCACAUUUUUUGUUAUUUUUAGAGUUAAAUAUGUUUCUAUCACUCCUUGU